AUCCACCGGCUGCCCAUGCCCAACCUCAAGGACGAGCUGCACUGCGCGGGCUGGGGCCCCGCCUGCGGCUGCUUCGACAGCGGCGCCGCGGCCAAAAGGACCAAGCUGGUGCUGCCCUGCUUCAUCUCCUCCCGCAUCUACGUGGUGGAUGUGGGCUCCCAGUGCCGGGCGCCUCGGAUCUGCAAGAUGAUCGAGCCCGUGGAUGUGUUCUGGAAGUGCAACAAGGGCUACCUGGCUGUCACCCACCCCCUGCCCAACGGGGACGUCCUGGUCGCCAACACGGGCGACCCCGCUGGCAACGGCAAAGGUGGCUUCGUGGUGCUGGACGGAGAGACCUUCGAGCUGAAGGGCAACUGGGAGAACGAGUGUGAGGCUCCCCCGACCGGCUACGACUUCUGGUACCAGGCGCGGCACAACGUCCUGGUCAGCUCGGCCGGGCUGGUGCCCAAGGUGGCCGGGCGUGGCUUCAACCCCGAUGACCUCAAGAAAGGGGUCUUCGGCCGCCGCCUGAACGUGUGGAACCUGUCGUGCCGCAGCCUCACGCAGUGCUUCGACCUGGGCGAGGAUUCUCUGCCGCUGAGCGUGCGCUUCCUGCACAGCCCCGAGGCCGCCGAGGGCUACGUGGGCUGUGCCCUGAGCGGGGCCAUCUUCCGCUUCUACAAAUCCUGCGAGAGAGACAACUGGGCCGUGGAGGAGGUGAUCCGGAUCCCGGCCAAGGACGUGUCGGGCUGGAUCAUGCCCAAGAUGCCAGCCUUCAUCGCCGACCUCGUCAUCAGCCCGGACGACCGGUUCCUGUACGUGUGCAAUUGGCUGCACGGGGACAUCCGGCAGUACGAGCUGGCCAGGAACUGCAAGCCCCGGCUGGUGGGGCAGGUGAGGGGCAGCCCCCGAAAUAUCAGAGAUGAUUUUUAG